AUGCAGGAUGAAGCUGGUGUCAGACCUGAGUUUCCACGCUGGAACCAGAUCUGCAUCAUCCCAUGCUUGGACAACUGCGGAUGCUCCAUUGACUGCACCAGCUUGUUGCGGGCUGGCUGGACUCGUAAGCAGCUUGGACCAGGCCGCAGGACUAAAGACGACCUCCCGCUGAUCGCCCAAAUCUCAUGUGUUCAAUGUGAGGCUUGGAGCGCUGAGAAAUCGAAGUCCUUGAAACCCAUCCAUCUCGGCAGAUCUGCCUACGUCCCAUCUGAAGUCCCAUCCCAUCGCCUGCCUCGCUUCGGCUUCGACCCAGGUCAACGCCGUGCGUGUCUGCUGCGACCGGAUCGAGAGCCUUUGGACGGCGGGAUCGGCGACAGCCACUGGGACCUGAGCGGGAGAGUGAAGGCCUCCAGCUCUCGACGGAAGAGCCGAAGAAGGUGCAGGGUGUCUUCUGCGGGAUCGAUGGUGUAUGGGCAUGGUUCGAACUCUUGUGUACAAGCUGGGCAGGAAUUGCCAGCUUUGCUGCAACAGUUCGUCUCAAUAUCAGAAGACGAGAUUCAUCUUAAGAAACCCAUCUCGAACGUUUGCUUUGCAAUUCAGACCUGGCAUCUGAGCAGAGCAGGCCGAUUCGUGACUGUUUGA